AUUGUAACGAAUAAGCAAGGUUUUAUAGUAAUUUGUAUCUGUCUACAUGUAGUAUUUUCGUUAAAUUGAGGGUUUAAUUCUUUUUCGUCUCCUGCCUGCUAAGAUUAGCUCUCGUGCUGAUGCUAGCUGCUUAGCGAACAAGCUAACCGUUAAUCUACCGUUGGGCUAAUUAGAUAUCUUUAUCGUGAACAUUUAUCGUUGUAGUGUUGUAUUUUGUCUGUUUUCUUUAAGAGAGAAACGUGUAAAUGUUGUGAAUACUGAAUGUGGUGUUGUUUCCUGUAGCCAGCUAUGGCACCAGGGGAUGUGGUGCCAGACCAUGCCAAGCAGCUGAAGUCCAAAGAGAAGCGGCCUGGAAACAGGGCAUCGAAAGCAGACUGCGAGCCUGACGGGUCCUUUGUGUUCGAGGCUCAUGAGGCCUGGAAGGACUUCCAUAAUUCCCUCCGGCAUUUCUACGAAGUAGGAGAGCUCUGUGAUGUCACACUAAAGGUUGGCAGUAGGCUGAUACCAUGUCACAAGCUGGUGCUGGCCUGUGUUAUCCCUUACUUCAGGGCCAUGUUCCUGUCAGAGAUGUCAGAGGCUAAGCAGGAACUGAUAGAGAUCAAGGACUUUGAUGGUGAUGCCAUCCAGGACCUGGUACAUUUUGCCUACUCCUCUAGGCUCACAUUAACUGUAGAUAAUGUGCAGCCCCUGCUUUAUGCUGCCUGCAUCCUUCAGGUGGAGUUGGUGGCGAGAGCCUGCUGUGAGUACAUGAAGGCCCACUUCCACCCCACCAACUGCCUGGCAGUUCGUACCUUUGCUGAGAGCCACAAUCGUGUGGACCUGAUGGACAUGGCCGACCGCUAUGCCUGCGAACAUUUCACUGAGGUGGUAGAGUGCGAGGACUUCACAUGUGUGUCUCCUCAGCACUUACGCACAUUAUUGUCCUCCAAUGAGCUUAAUAUCCACUCAGAGACACAGGUGUACAACGCAGCAGUGAAAUGGCUGAAAGCAAACCCACAGCACCACGAGGCCUGGCUGGACCAGAUCAUGUGUCAGGUGCGGCUCCCCCUGCUCCCUGUAGAGUUCCUGACAGGAACCGUGGCUAAGGACGAUAUGAUCAAAGGUAACCUGAGUUGUCGAGACCUGAUGGACGAAGCCAGGAACUACCACCUGCACCUCAGCAACAAGGUGGUGCUGGACUUUGAGUAUUCAGUCCGUACCGUACCCCGGAAACACACUGCAGGGGUUUUGUUCUGUGUUGGUGGCCGGGGGGGCUCUGGUGACCCAUUUCGCAGCAUAGAGUGCUUCUCCAUCACUAAGAACAGCUGGUUCUUUGGCCCUGAAAUGAACAGUAGACGACGUCACGUGGGCGUAAUAUCUGUAGGAGGUAAAGUUUAUGCUGUUGGGGGCCAUGAUGGUAAUGAACACUUAGGCAACAUGGAGAUGUUUGACCCCCUCACCAACAAGUGGAUGAUGAAAGCCUCCAUGAACACCAAGAGGAGGGGUAUAGCCCUGGCAGCUCUUGGUGGUCCUAUUUACGCCAUUGGAGGUCUGGAUGACAACUCCUGCUUCAACGACGUGGAGCGUUAUGACAUUGAAAGUGACUGCUGGAGCGCUGUGGCUCCGAUGAACACGCCCAGAGGAGGAGUGGGAUCUGUGGCGUUGGGGAGUUACGUGUACGCAGUUGGAGGCAAUGAUGGCGUGGCAUCACUGUCCAGUGUGGAGCGGUUUAACCCCCACCUCAACAAGUGGACAGAGGUCAAUGAGAUGGGCCAGAGACGAGCUGGAAAUGGAGUCAGCAAACUCAAUGGCUGCCUCUAUGUAGUGGGUGGUUUUGAUGACAACUCACCCCUGAGCUCCGUAGAGCGCUUUGACCCACGAAUGCAACGCUGGGAGUACAUGUCUGAGCUCACCACCCCACGUGGUGGAGUUGGGGUCGCCACCGUAAUGGGAAGAGUGUUCGCAGUCGGGGGCCACAAUGGAAACAUCUACCUGAACACAGUGGAGGCUUUCGAGCCUCGAAUGAACAGAUGGGAGCUGGUGGGUUCAGUGUCUCAUUGCCGUGCCGGAGCCGGAGUGGCUGUCUGUUCAUCUCACGUCAGCCAGAUCAGAGACGUCGGCCAGGGGUCCAGCAACGUGGUCAACUGCAUGUGACCUCCGCUCCACCUCCCAGGUGACUGACUUCCUGGUCACCACCAGAUCUGAUCACUGCACAAAGCACACAACACAACAAAGCACACUAACAGUGACAGAGCGUCUCCACCCAGCGACGUCACAUUACUGUUGACACUGUCUGAACAUCAGCCUUCAGUGUGUGACUAACAGUGAGGCUGAUGUUCAGUCUCUACAGUGACUGAGAAAUAUUGGGGGGAUUUUACUGACUUGAAGUGCAUAUCUGACAAAUCUAAUGUCUUCUCUGAGCUGUCUGACAAAAUGACACAUUCAAACUCUUGACUUCUGUUGGUGUUAUUUUGCAAUCAGUGAUGUAGUAUUUUGUACUGUAUUUUCAUUUGUUUACUGACUUUAAGGGAAAAUAGUAGCUGAGUCUUGUUCUCAAUACUAACCUCUUAAGAAUGAGAGGAUAGUUACAAUUCAGAGCUACUAGGUUCACAUAAUGUGCACAUUAUGAACAUGGACUUUAUCGUGGGCCAGUAUGAAAGAAUUUCAAAGGUCUCUUCAUUAAGACUGUCUCUAGAUUUCUCUUUGGUUCUGCGGUUGUUUUCAUUAUUGCAGAGAGAUGUGACUAAUUAGUAAUUUGAACACAAUCAUACUGGAUUCAAUGCCUUUUUUUUGCAGUGCAGCGUGUGCUGUUAGAACACUAACAUUUUCAUCAACAAAUAUGAAAUAGGACGUUAAGAUGUCAAGUACAAUUCCAAGAUUCCUUUGAUGAUCUUAUACCAAGGUAAGUGAAAGUGUCCGUUUAGCAGUUAGACUUUUUUAAAGAUGCAUUUCAGAUUGAUUCAAUCAGCAGUUCCAGCUGCGCCGUGCUGGAUCGCACCCCAGCACUUCCAGCUGGCCUUUGCCUGUUAUUGUGUUUGAACAAUCAUUUGAGACUGAUUUGAACAAAUCAUGUUAGGAUGGCAGGUCCAGGGAAUUUCACUGCUGCAAGUGCCAAACACAACAAAGUGUGUCAGCCGUUUAUAAGAAGCUGCAAAUGCGGUCCAACCUUCUGCUGAAUCCCAAGUCGCCACCUUUACCUUGACCUCAGAAGUGAUAACGGUGUGACGACUACACACCUGAGUCAAGGACUGAUCAGAGCUACCGUGCACCUCUUCGGUUCUUGUUCAGUUUUACAAUAUUGUACAGAGGUCUGUUCAAACUUGCAGGGAAAGAUUUUUCCAAUCCAAGAUUUGUGUUUGACGAUAGCUGGACUGUCAGAAAUCCUAAUCAGAGUGCUUUCAGAUGUGUAUGAGAUUCAACUGAGGUUUGUGUCUGCAGAUGGUUCUGUUAUAUUUUAAUAUAUGGACAUUUUGUAUUAUAAAAUAGGUGUAUCUUUGGUAUUAUCCUUUACUACACUAUCUAAUCCAUUGCUGUGCACUAUUUUCCUAGAAUAGAUGUGAAGUCUGAGUAUAUUUUUGUCCUAAAUAGAGAAUUUCAUGUUAUACGUGUUAUAAGUUGAAGAUGUUUAUUUAACAUUAAUGCCUAUUUCUGCCAUAUGUUAGGAACAUUUCUGGCAACAGUUUAGGCUGGUUGAAAACAGAAAUGUUAAUUACAUUUAUACUAGGAAAAAUACAUAUUAUUGCACAGUUUGUGUCCUACUGGUAUUAAUACUAGUGCAUAUUAUCAACCUGGUAUAUCAUUUUUACACCAAAAUGUAAGUUGCUGCCAACUUUGCUAGCAAAUGAGCCAGAUACAGUCUUUUGUAAACUUGCUGUACUUUGUGUUGUUCUUCCUCCUUUUGACUGCUUCCAUCUUGUGCUUUUUAUUUACAUGGUAUUGAUAUAAAUUGGUACAAUAAAGUUGUGUUUUACGUUCA